AUGAAGCCAUGCCCUUGCCCCUCCUAUAUAAUACAUGGCUCUCAUUCCUCUUCCUUGGGAUCAGUGAGCCGGUCUAUGAUGGAUUCCUUGACACUGUUCGUGUCCGUGCUGGCGUUGCCGUUGGGACUGCUGGUCUUGCGCACUGUGUACCAUCUGUACUUCCACCCGCUGUCCAAGUUCCCUGGUCCAAAACUCGCUGCUGCGACUUUUCUCUACGAAUUUUAUUAUGAUGUGAUCAAAAGCGGCAUGUACAUCUGGGAGAUUGAGCGCAUGCACGAGAAAUAUGGUGAGUAUAUAGAUCCGAUAUCAACAUCAACCAUCCAAGCUAGCAAAGCCCAUACCAAAAUGCACGAGCCACUAAUACCUCAUCCAGGCCCAAUCGUGCGCAUCAAUCCACGAGAAAUUCAUAUCAGAGACUCAACCUACUACGACGAAAUCCACGCCGGCGCCUCGCGCAAACGCUCCAAGGAUCCCAAAUACGCCAUAGCCUUCGGCGCGCCCUACUCCCUCGUGGGAACAAUAACCCACGACCACCACCAUUUCCGCCGCGGCCUGCUAAACAGCUACUUCUCCAAGCGCUCGGUGGUAGACCUUGUCCCGUCCAUCCACAACAAAGUCGACAAGCUAAUCGCGCGCUUCGAGCAAGCACACCAAGCCGGCGACGUGCUGCACCUGCAGCUAGACUUCGCCGCGCUGACAGCAGAUGUCAUUACCGACUACAGCUACGGCUGGAGUUAUGGUUACCUGGACAGCGAGAAGGGGGCGGUGAGCAAUGACCUCGUUGACGCUGUUAAUGGGCUGAUGGUUAUGUUCCACAUCAACCGGUUCUUCCCGUUCCUUAUUUCCAUUUUCAGGAAUACGCCGCCUACCCUGCUACGCUGGCUGCAACCAAGCAUGGCGGAUUUGUUUGACUUGAAGGCUAGGCUUAGACAGCAGGCGGAUGAUACUCUGCAGAAGCAGGGUCUACGGAAGGUUGAUUCUGAGGCGAGGUCGACUAUAUUUGACGCGUUGACGAAUUUGGACUUGCCCGAGAAUGAAAGAACACUUGAUCGGCUGGAGGAUGAGUCUGCGCUGUUGCUUGGCGCUGGUACGGAGACUACAGCUAGGUCUAUUACUGUCGCGAUGUUCCAUCUCAUCCGCAAUAAGGAUAUCAUGGCAAAGCUGCGGGCGGAGUUGAAGACUGUGCUGGCGACACCGCUGUCCAAGGCUUCGUGGGUGGAUUUGGAGAAAUUGCCAUACUUGACUCCGGUUAGUCAGUCGAACUACUUUGUUCAUAUGGAUCCCACGCUCUUCCCUGAGCCAGAGAAAUUUGACCCGGAGCGUUGGAUCCGCUCGGCAGAGAAAGGGGAGUAUCUAAAUCGGUAUAUUGUCUCGUUUACCAAGGGGAGCAGACAAUGUCUGGGAAUGAAUCUUGCCUAUGCGGAGAUCUACUUAUCGUUGGCACAUAUCGCUCGUCGCAUCGACUUUGUGCUGUACGAGACGACUCCUGAUAAUAUCUGCGUUUAUCGUGAUAUGGGAAUCGGGUGUCCGGAGGUUGGUUUGUUUGGGGUUAGGGCUACGGUGGAGGGUCUUGUGGAGGAGUAA